AAGGGGAAAAAAAAAGCAAAAGCAAAAGCAAAAAAAAAAAAGCAAGCAAAAAAAAAAAGCCAUGAUUGCUCUCCCACAAUUCAUCUUCCCCGCGCCAUCUUUGUAUUAUUUCUAAUUUAUUUUGGAUGUCAAAAGACACCGAUGAAGAUAUUUCCUCUGGAGUCUCCCGCCUGGCUCGCCCCGCGCUUCCCGAUGUGAUCCAAGCGCGAGAGCUGCGUGCGCGCCCGCCCGAGCCACCGACCCGAGCACCAUGUCUCGCCGCAAGCAAGGGAAACCGCAGCACUUAAGCAAACGGGGAUUUUCGCCCGAACCGAUUGAAGCCAUUCUUACGGACGACGAACCGGAUCACGGUACGCUAGGAGCUCCGGAAGGGGACCAUGAUCUCCUCACCUGUGGCCAGUGUCAGAUGAACUUCCCUUUGGGGGACAUCCUUGUCUUUAUUGAGCACAAACGGAAACAAUGCAACAGCGCUCUCUGCCUGGAGAAGGCUGUGGAUAAGCCCCCUUCGCCCUCGCCGAGCGAGUUGAGAAAAGCGUCCAAUCCUGUGGAGGUGGGCAUCCAGGUCACGCCCGAGGACGACGACUGUUUGUCAACGUCAUCUAGAGGAAUUUGCCCUAAGCAGGAACAUAUAGCAGGUAAAGAUGAACCCAGCAGCUACACGUGUACGACAUGUAAACAGCCAUUCAACAGCGCCUGGUUUCUUUUGCAACACGCACAGAACACUCAUGGAUUAAGAAUCUACUUAGAAAGCGAACAUGGAAGUCCCCUGACGCCACGGGUUGGUAUCCCCUCCGGACUAGGUGCAGAAUGCCCUUCUCAGCCUCCACUCCACGGGAUACACCUUGCAGACAAUAAUCCUUUUAAUCUACUCAGAAUACCUGGGUCGGUUGCGAGGGAAGCUUCGGGUCUUGGAGAAGGGCGUUUCCCUCCCACGCCGCCUUUGUUUAGCCCCCCUCCGAGGCAUCACCUGGAUCCCCACCGCAUAGAGCGCCUGGGGGCGGAAGAGAUGGCUCUUGCAACCCAUCACCCCAGUGCCUUCGACAGGGUGCUGCGACUCAACCCCAUGGCCAUAGAGCCCCCAGCUAUGGAUUUCUCCAGGCGGCUUCGGGAGUUAGCUGGGAACACCUCCAGUCCGCCGUUAUCCCCCAACCGUCCCAGUCCUAUGCAAAGGUUACUGCAACCAUUCCAGCCAGGCAGCAAGCCGCCAUUUCUGGCCACGCCGCCUCUUCCUCCUCUUCAGUCCGCUCCUCCCCCUUCCCAGCCUCCCGUCAAAUCCAAGUCCUGCGAAUUUUGUGGGAAAACCUUCAAGUUUCAGAGUAACUUAGUUGUCCACCGUAGGAGCCACACUGGAGAAAAACCAUACAAGUGCAACCUUUGCGACCACGCCUGCACUCAGGCGAGCAAGCUAAAGCGCCACAUGAAAACCCAUAUGCACAAAUCCUCCCCGAUGACCGUGAAGUCGGACGACGGCCUCUCCACGGCCAGUUCCCCGGAGCCUGGUACAAGUGACCUCGUGGGCAGCGCCAGCAGCGCCCUCAAAUCGGUGGUGGCCAAGUUCAAGAGCGAGAAUGAUUCCAAUAUGAUUCCGGAAAACGGGGAUGAAGAAGAGGAGGAGGAGGAGGAAGAGGAGGAGGAGGAGGAAGAAGAGGAGGAGGAGGAUUUGACAGAAAACGAAAGGCCGGACUAUGGGUUUGGCAUUAACCUAGAAGCGGCCCGCCAUCAUGAGAACAACUCGCGGUCCAUUGAGGAGAAUCGCUCUAUGCCGGACGUCAUGCAGGGAAUGGUCCUGAGUUCCAUGCAGCACUUCAGCGAGGCCUUCCACCAGGUUCUUGGAGAGAAACAUAAACGAGGGCAUUUGUCCGAAUCUGAGGUACACAGAGACACUUGCGACGAAGACUCGGUAGCGGGUGAAUCCGAUCGGAUCGACGACGGCGCGAUAAACGGUCGGGGUUGCUCCCCGGGUGAGUCCGCUUCUGGAGAUUUGUCCAAAAAGCUUCUCCUGGGUAGCCCAAGCUCUCUCAGCCCUUUCUCCAAACGCAUCAAACUGGAGAAGGAGUUUGAUCUCCCUCCGACAGCUAUGCCUAACACUGAAAAUGUUUACUCCCAGUGGCUAGCUGGGUACGCUGCCUCUCGGCAGCUCAAAGAUCCAUUCCUCAACUUUGGAGACUCCCGACAAUCGCCUUUUGCUUCCUCCUCAGAACACUCCUCCGAAAACGGGAGUUUACGCUUCUCGACGCCUCCUGGAGAGAUGGAUGGAGGGAUAUCAGGCCGCAGCGGUACAGGAAGUGGAGGGAGCACCCCGCAUAUUAGUGGCCCAGGCCCCGGAAGGCCUAGUUCAAAAGAGGGCAGACGCAGCGAUACUUGUGAGUACUGUGGGAAAGUCUUCAAGAACUGUAGUAACCUCACUGUCCACAGGAGAAGCCACACUGGGGAAAGGCCUUAUAAAUGUGAGCUGUGUAACUACGCCUGCGCCCAGAGUAGCAAACUCACCAGGCACAUGAAAACGCAUGGUCAGGUGGGGAAGGACGUUUACAAAUGUGAAAUUUGUAAGAUGCCUUUUAGCGUGUACAGUACCCUGGAAAAACACAUGAAAAAAUGGCACAGUGACCGAGUCUUGAAUAAUGACAUAAAAACUGAAUAGAGGUAUAUUAACAUGUCCCGUUCUUCUUCCUUUCCAGUUUACUCUUUCUCCCCCCACCCACCUAACCCAACCUAGCACCACUCCCCGUAUAGAGAUUUUUCUAGUCCCUUGUGAUUCAAAUAAUGGAAGCUAAGGAUGAUAUUAAGAAAGUGCUUGUCACCAGCACACCUGUUUUCAUUUGCCUUUUUUUAGUUCUUAUUUUUAUAUAUUUUUCCCCCUUUGUUCUGUUUUCACCAUUUGAAUGCAUGAUCUGUAUUGGGGCAAUACUACGCAAACUUUGAGCCUUUCUCUUGUGCAAUAAUUUACAUGUUGUGUUGUUUAUUAAUUUUUUUAAAAAAAUUAGACAGCAUGUAUGGUAUGGUAUGGCUUGUUUUUUGUUUUUUUUUUUAAGAAAAAAAAUUCCAAAUUUGUUGCCGAGCAAACAACAACAACCAAAACAGAAAGAUAAUGGCACAUACUUCAUACACACACGGAAGUACCGUGGCUAUUUCCAGUAGGACUCCAGAAGAAGAAGAAAAAAAGAAUGAGAGAGAUAGAAAAUACAGAACAACAAUUUUUAACAGAACGGAACCAUACGUUUUUUUCACAUAUAUCAUGUACAGUUUUGCUUUGAAUUAUACAGAAGAAAUUGUACUUUGAAUUAAGCCUCUAUGGCCAGACAGAUAAUAUUGGAAAGGAGAAAAAAAAAUCCAUGGUCUUACCUUGAUUUCUGUCUUUAAAAGGAUUUAACGUAUCAGUUGUUGUUGUGGUGCGGAGGGGAGAAUUUUUUAAAAAUAGGCCUUUAAUUGAAAAAUAACGACAUAAAACAACAACAGCAAGAUAAAUUUGUACUAUCAUUUGGUUUAAAAACGGAAUUCUGAGUGCCUUGAAUCUAUUUAAGCCAUGUUGGUGGCGAUUCUACUUGUUCUAAACUUGUAGCUCAACUUUCGCACUGGGCAAUGUAAGUGAGUCCUUAGGACGUUAGCCGAUAACUAUAUUGUAUUUCUCAUAACAGUGGCUACCUAAAAACAAAAGGAAAUUAACAAAAAUAAAAGUAAAAUCCCGAACGGUCCUAGUUAAUCAUCAUUCUGUCUCUUCCCCCACCACAGCACCUUCAUCCCGAUUUUAAAAAUACCACCACCCUAAACCAGAUUUAUUCUCAGUUAGAAAACCGUGGUUACCGUCUCUUGGAACGCCCAUCACCCACCAGCACCCAUUCCCCCUUUCGCUCCCCUCUUUUGAAAUUAUGAUGAUUAUUUUAAUGAGUCAAAAGAAUGUGGAAUGUGCAGAAGGCCUUGGAAGAUAAUUUAAUACACUAGGAAGAAAACGUGUGUUAUGAAGAUUUCACAAAUAUCUUUUAAUAAUUCUGGCACACAAACAAAAAGGGAAAAUUUAAAAAAAACAAAGAGGAAAAGAAAUGAAAAUAAUUAAACCCGAGUCCCAUUGGUUGUCAACUUGACAAUUGGAUUAGAAAUUAAAAGCCUUGAAUACCAUCUAUUGAUCUAUUGAUCUCUCUCUAUGGGGAAAGAUACAUAAACAUUUGGACAAUAAUCAUUUACUGAGUGUGACAUGUAUAAAAAGAAAGGAAAAAAAAGGUCUAUGAUUUAUCAGCACAAUGUGGUACUGUUUGCCAGUCAGACUAAGAACAGGUUAUAAGCUAAUAUUGAUAUGAUGAUUAACUUUGAACUAUUAAGAUUUGCCUUGAAGUGUGACUUUCUGGAGAAAAAAAAAAGAGAAAGAUAAUUUUAAACAGAGUAGCAGUUGUGUGUCUGUGCUCCCUAAAAGUUGUGUUUUUUUUUUCAUUUUGUUCUGUUGAUCAUAUGCUAUGUGCGAAUUGUGUUGACAUGGAAAAAGGAUUCAUUGUUUUUUAUGAUUAAUGAUCUGUCCCGCUGGAUGUUCACAUAGCACUUGACUCUGCCUGUUGUGUCUGUAUCUUUUCCUGUAAUCAGAGGUACACAGGUUGAGUAUAAAAAAAAUAAUUUUUUUUAAAGACUGCUCAGAUAGGACAAUUUAAAUGCACUGUACAAUUUUCCCAGUUUACAGGUUCUAUACUUUUUAAGGGAAAAAUUGCAAGAUUAAUGAAAACUUUGUUUAAAAAAAAUUUUUUUUUGAGCAUGAUCUCAAGAGGAGCAUUUGAGAAACUCUGCCAGCUUGCCGUUGUACUUGACUUAAAUGACCGGGAUGCAACGUUUACGGCGCUGUGAGUGGGAAUAGGUUCUGCAAUGAUAGUAAAAAUAAUGAAUGGUUGAACUCGCACCUACAGUGCAUGGAUGUGGUUAGGGUUUUUUUUUUUGUACAAAACUUUUUAAAAUAUAAAUGUUAUGAUUUUUUUUAAAAAAAACCCAACAACACUUCAUUAUGUUUAAGGGGGAAAAUAUGUAUUUUCGGUUUCAUUGUCUUGGUGGUUUACAAGACCUGUUCUUCACCGAAAACCAGUAGUUGCAAAUUCUAUGCCUUGAAAUAUACACACAACUUUUUCAGGUUGUAAAAUAAAUAAAUGCAUUGGGGAAAAGUUUAAGAAUAUAUAGUACUUAAAUAUAGGAAAAUGCACACACCUAUUGGUUCCUAUGCUAAGAAGAAGAAAGAAGCAAACAAAAAAGAAGAAGAAAAACACAUUUAUGAUCUCUUUUUUCUGUAAUUUCUAGAAUGGUAUUUGAAUUUAAUGUUCAGCUAGAGUAGGCACUAUAGUAUUUAUAAUGAAGCUUGUAUUUUUAACUGUUGCUUGUUUCUCUUUAAAAAAAAAAGAAGGUAUCCGUGUACCUUUUUUGGUGGUGGAAAAACACACAGACACACACAGACACGCAAACAAGCUGCCACAGUAUAUUUUUUUAAUUUGGCAGGAUAAUAUAGUGCAAAAUAUUUGUAUGUUUCAAAAAAAAAAUUUGACAAGAAGAGCGUGACAUUGUAUGGAUCAGAGGCCAUAUAAUGGCUGUUUUGGGGAGGGUUGGGGGGGUCCGGGCAAAAAUCUGUUUGAAUGUCGCAUUAAAUGAGCGUCCGCAGAUGGUUGUACAUAUCAAAAUUCUUUUGGGGGUUUCUUUGUUUCCUGCUGCCAUAUUUGUAUGCAGUAAUAAUGCAAGGUGAUGAUGUUUAUUUGUUCUGUAGUGUGCUCUCUGGUCUUUUUUCCUUCUUCUCUUACCCCUUUACAUUCCAGCAUCUUAAACUUCAUAUGCAGUAAAAGGAAGAGAAAAAAAAACAACAUUAAAAAAUAGAACAAAAAGUGAGAGAGAAAAAAUCAAAAAGUUUUGCAGGAUUUUUUUUCCAUUGCCAAAAAGAAAAAAAAAUAAAAUAAAAUGGUGCUUUAUAUAUUUAGAUCGGAAAGGAUUUCAUAUGCAAAGCAUAUUAAAAAUGAGAGAAAGCCCCGCUGGAGUGGAUAUCUUUUUUUGUAUAUGGCAAUGCAAAAUAUUUUGUUAUUCUCGGCCUUUUCUAUUCCUGUAAUGAAAGCUGUUUGUCGUAACUUGAAAUUUUAUCUUUUACUAUGGAAGUCACUAUUUAUUAUUGCUUACACGCUCUGUUCAGAACAGAAGCGUCGGAUUUGAUCUUUGUGUUUUUUUUUAAUUUUUUUUAAUUAUUAUUUAGAUGACCAAAGGUCAUUGGCAACCUGGAUCUUUUAUUGUAUUUUUUUUUCCUAGUCUUUGUUAAGUUCUAUUGGGAAAACCACUGUCUGUGUUUUUGGGUUUUUUUGUUUUUUAAAGGGGGGUUUCCUUUUUUUGUUUUGUUUUGUUUUGAAUUGGGCAGUUGUCUGCAUUACCCUGUUCAUUCAACCCAUUUUGUCCCUUAAUUGAAAAAAAUAAAAAUAAAAAUAAAAAUUUUUUGCUUAAAGUACAUAUCCUAAGCUUUGCGUGUCCUCAUUUGACACACAUUGUAAAUUUCCCUCAGGAAGAGAAGCAGCUUUUUAAGACAAGGCCAGUGGGUUUUCUUCAAUGGGGGGCAUUUUGGUCGCCUAAAGACCCAGAAAGUCUCUCCNCCCCC